AUGUUGAGCUUCGCACCACCACCGCCUCCCCAAGAGGAGCUUGCGCCGCCGCCUCCACCUCCCCAGGACUUUGCGCCUCCGCCGCCUCCCCCCCCGGAGGCCCUCCCACCUCCUCCGCCGCCCGCAGAACUCCCGCCGCCCCCGCCUGAGUUUGGGGCACCCAAGCAAAAGAAAGGAUGGGGCGCUGCGAAACCCAAGGCCCAGCCUCUUAGUAUCGAGGAGAUCCUCAAGAAGAAGAAGGAGGCCGACGCGGCUGCUGCUAAGCCUAAGUUCCUCAAUAGAGCUCAACGUGAAAGACUCGCCCUCGAGAAGCGCGCCAAAGAGGUCGAAGAGGCCAAGCGGAAGGCGGAAUCUUCGAGGGACACCCCACAGCAGGAUAGCUUUGUCAAAGGCCCAUCCCAUACCGCAAAAUCUAAAUACGGGGUUCCUACAGGCCCUCGUGCCUUGCGAAAUGGCGAGAUCCCAACAGGACCAGCGGCGAUGCGCUCAAGUGGGAACGGUCGUGGCCAGGACAUGGCGCCUCCUCCACCGCCACCGAAGGGAGAAAAGGGCUCUAAGAGGCAAAACCCGGAGGAUACAGAGGCAGCUUUGAUUCGGCAACGAUAUAUGGGAGCAGAUCAAAACCAGUCCACGUUCUCGGCCAAGAAGAAGCGCAAGAGGACUACCGAGAAGAAGUUCAAUUUCGAAUGGAAUGCUGAGGAGGACACGAGCCAGAAUUACAACGAGCUAUACAAGACUCAGACCGAGGCGAACUUUUUCGGUCGGGGUCGGCUGGGCGGGUUUGCCGAUGAUGUCGCGGACCAUGGUGCUCAGAAGUAUGCGCAAGCUCUGGCACAGCGUGAUCGCGAGACUGGCGAUGCUCGUGUACAGGAGAUGGCAGAGAUGGAGCGCCGAAGGAAAGAGGAGGGAGGUCGAAAUGCACUGGAUAAGCACUGGAGCGAGAAGAGACUGGACCAGAUGCGCGAGAGGGACUGGCGUAUCUUCAAGGAAGACUUCAACAUCAGUACCAAAGGCGGCUCCAUUCCGAAUCCUAUGCGCUCAUGGGCUGAAUCAGGCCUUCCGAAGAGAUUGCUUGACGUGGUUGAUGAAGCUGGCUACUUGGAACCAUCCGCGGUUCAGCGCGCAGCUAUUCCGAUUGCUUUACAGUCUAGAGAUCUUAUUGGUGUUGCCGUCACUGGGUCUGGUAAAACGGCUGCCUUCCUGCUACCUCUACUUGUCUACAUAUCGGAUCUACCACCGCUGAACGAUCUGACGAAGAACGACGGUCCGUACGCUAUCAUUCUGGCACCAACUCGUGAAUUGGCGCAGCAAAUCGAGCUCGAAGCAAAGAAAUUUGCAACUCCUCUCGGAUUCAAUUGUGUCAGUCUCGUUGGUGGUCACUCUAUCGAAGAACAAGCAUACAACAUGCGGGACGGUGCCGAAAUCAUCAUCGCCACCCCUGGCCGUUUGGUAGAUUGCAUCGAGCGUCGCGUCUUAGUUCUGGGCCAGUGCUGCUACAUCAUUAUGGACGAAGCGGAUCGCAUGAUUGAUCUCGGCUUCGAAGAGUCCGUCAACAAAAUCCUCGACGCUCUUCCCGUCGGCAACGAGAAGCCCGACAACGACGACGCUGAGAAUGCCGUCGCCAUGUCGCGCCACCUCGGUGGAAAAGAUCGGUACCGCCAGACCAUGAUGUACACGGCAACCAUGCCGCCCGCUAUCGAACGCAUUGCACGAAAAUACCUCCGUCGUCCCGCCAUCGUCACCAUCGGUAACGUCGGCGAAGCCGUCGAAACGGUCGAGCAGCGCGUCGAGUUCGUCUCGGGCGAAGACAAGCGCAAGAAGCGUCUCCAAGAAAUCCUCAGCUCCGGCGAAUUUCCCGCCCCCAUCAUCGUCUUCGUCAACAUCAAACGCAAUUGCGACGCCGUCGCGCGCGACGUCAAGCAAAUGGGCUUCAGCUCCGUCACGCUGCAUGGCUCCAAGACGCAGGACCAGCGUGAGGCCGCGCUUGAGAGCUUGCGGAAAGGACAGGUCGACGUUCUUGUGGCUACAGAUCUCGCGGGCAGAGGUAUUGAUGUGCAGGACGUCAGUCUGGUGGUUAAUUUCAACAUGGCCACGAACAUCGAGAGCUAUACCCAUCGUGUUGGACGUACGGGCAGAGCAGGCAAGAGCGGUGUGGCGAUUACGUUCCUGGGCAAUGAGGAUCAAGAUGUCAUGUAUGACCUUAAGCAGAUGCUUAUGAAGUCGCAGAUUUCGAGGGUUCCGGAGGAACUGAGGAAGCAUGAGGCAGCGCAGCAGAAGAGAGGUGGGCAGAAGAAGGUUGAAGACAGUGGUGGCUUUGGAGGUAAGGGUGGUGCUUCCUGGUAA